UGUCCAGAUCCAUUUUGCAACCCAAAUUAGACUGGCAACAACAUCAGCACCAUGCCGCUCGCCUCACAGAAACAGUCAAACAGAUUCCUUGCAGUCUGGCAGCUUUGUAGCCCGGCAGAGAAGCGCGGGCACAAGCUAUAAAACACCACGGCCAGUGCCAUCCGGAUAUCCCACGAGUACCUCUCCACUGUUAUCGUAAAGGCAGGCUUUAAUUCCGCCGAAAAGUUCGACCCAGGAUUUGGCCAGAUUUCUGUCCAAUCACACGGUGCACAACUAUGGCCUCUUCGUCUAGGCACGCAAGGUCCACGGUGGGCAGUGUCCCACAAGGCACUGAAGAAAGCACUCGGAGCGAGGCGACGUCAGAGUCGUCAGAGUCGCAUGUGUCGUCUACCACAACCAGGACCAAAGACACCUCUCGCAUCGCGGUCACGGUUCAAUCCACCAAUGGUGAGCUCAUUGCAGUGCCACUGCUAUCGACAGCCCGUGUCCAAAGAUCUUCAGUUCGAAGCCCUUCGUCGAGCGGCAAGGGCGUGGUAUCCACGCAUCCCCAGCAGAUACCGAGUUGCGGACGAGUGGAGCGAACCCAUCGAUCUUGUACGAGGAAGACCGCAUUGUCGACUUGCUGCCAUUGACAACAAACAAUACAUUCACGCUUCAUAUCCUGAAAACGGCGAUGCGUGCAACCAACACUAACACCUGGCUUCCUCUUGGCCUAAUUAUGUUGCUGAUUGCGCACAAUAAACCCAGAAUGAGACACCGGCUUCGUCAUGCCCAAUAGAAGCGACCCUUUCUGAGCCUGACUCGUCCCUAUAGCCCAAUACCACCUACCCAAGCUCUGUCAGUGUCAGCAAUUCUCUGUGUGUUCGAUGGAUCACCAUUGAUGAUGCCCUGGGUCCACAUCCACUGAAGCGGCCUCCCAUCUACAAACUUGCAGAGAAACCAGCCUUGACUGUGGCUCAACUGUACCAGGCAGCUGCUAUUUUCCUCCAUGACUCCAUUACUAUGCGUGGAAUAGGCCGUCGCCUCAUAGACCCCGAGCGUAUCAGGCUGUGGUCUAGAUACGGGCCUUUAUCUCGUGAGAGCA